AUGUCUUUCAAUUUGACCUCUAAUGGCAGUGGUUUGGUGAACAGGGAGGAUCAACAGCAUCUCGGAUUUGGAGCUGAUUCAUCAAAGGAUCGUUUGGAAGAAGAAAUAUCAAAGAAUCACCAUGACGGAUCGGAGAACAGCAAUCAUUCUACUCGUCAGGACAAUUAUUCGGACGAAAUUAGUGAUAAAUCGUCAUCAAUUUUGAAAUUUUUAUUCGGAAAUUAUUCUCCAAGAGAUACCAUAAGGAAUAUUGCUAUUAUGACCCUAACUGUAUUAUUGUGUAGCAUUGCCUGUUUAUUUAUUCUCAUGCUGUUAACUAAGGAAGACAAAUCAAAAUAUGCUUUUGCGUUUUUAAGAAAUGUAUUACCUUCUUUUUUGUUUCAUGAAAGUGAUGGGAUGAGACACGAGUCCGAAUUGAAACGAGUGGAAGAAGCAUCACUGUAUCUCAAAGACCUACCUCAAGAAUUGAUUACUGUUUUGGAAAAAAGUUUUUCUAAAACACGGGAGGCAGACCGUUCUAAUUCAAAGACAACCUCUCGAUUUUGCAUUGGGAUUCCAACUGUUAAAAGAGGAGUUGAUUAUUUACACGUUCUAUUACAAUCUAUUUUGGCAAACACAUCAAUGAGCGAUUUAAUUCCAACUUCAAAUAUUGCUGUUAAUGUAUUCGACGCAACAGGAAACGAAAACUUCUCACCGCAUGUAGAGUCUAUUUCACACUUGAGAAAUGUAUUCAACUUUUUUAGAAAAUCUGAUAUUACUGAAGACAAAUAUUUUUUCCAUAACUCGUUCUCAAACAUUGCUGCAAGCCAACUUCCAUACCAUCAAAAGCAAGCUCUUGAUUAUAUCACAACAUUAGAGUAUUGUCAAAAAUAUUUCCCUCACAUGGAAUAUACUAUUAUUUUGGAAGAUGAUGCAGUCGUUCCAAAGGGUUGGAUCGACUCGAUUCGUGAAAUGAUUAACACUUUAAACAGGGACUACUACAUGUCCAAAGAUGAAGAAAAGAUACGACUCUUCAAAGACAAAAGAUUUAUGUGGAUCAAACUCUUUUUUGCUCAUGCUUACAAUGACUUUAAUGAAAAGAGAAUUCAUGUGCUUUCGAAUGUUGCUAUUGUAACAUCAUUAGUGGUAACUUUGGGCUACAUUUGGAUUCAGUACAAGCGGAUUAAGAAACGAGGAGAUACCACCAUAGUCCUCAAUAGAUGUACCAUUUAUUGGUUUGCCAUACUGACCUUUGUAAUUUCAUUGCUCUUCCUGCUUCUGAUGCGAUUCCACUACCUAGAAGCAAAAUUCAUAAAACUUACGAGAUUCUUCUCUGGUGAUGGAGAUGGAGCAGUUGGCAGAAAAUAUCAUCUGCAAAGAGACUUUCCACAUUAUGGAAGUGUAGUAGCAAUGGUAUAUCCGAAUGAUGCUUCUGUUAUUCAACCAUUUAUCAAUUACCUUAGAGAGUGGCAACCCAAAGCCAAUAGAGAAUUUCCGAAUGAUAGAAUAAUUUACAAUUAUGUUGCAUGGUUCAAUCAUAAGAUAUUGGAUAAUUUCUUGUCAAUACCAGAUUUAGUGGAACAUAUUGGCUCUGUGAGUUCGAGAGAUUACUAUUUCUAG